GAGAAGAUGAAAAUGGCGUAGUCCAGUAUACUGAGUGACUUGUGAUUUUCUGGUUCUGUCAAAAACACAAAAACUUUACAAUGGGUCAAAACCAGUCUGGUCCUGGUGGAGCUGGAGGUGAAAAAAAAGAUGAUAAAGAUAAGAAGAAGAAAUACGAACCACCAAUACCAACUCGUGUUGGAAAAAAGAAGCGUCGUACAAAGGGUCCUGAUGUUGCAUUGAAGCUUCCUCAAGUAACACCACAUACAAGAUGUCGAUUGAAGCUUUUAAAAUUAGAAAGAAUCAAGGAUUAUUUAUUGAUGGAAGAAGAAUUCAUCAGAAAUCAAGAACGUCUAAAACCACAAGAAGAAAAAAAUGAAGAAGAAAGAUCAAAAGUUGAUGAUUUACGUGGUACACCAAUGUCUGUUGGUACACUUGAAGAAAUUAUUGAUGAUAAUCAUGCAAUUGUAUCAACAUCUGUUGGAUCAGAGCAUUAUGUUUCAAUAUUAUCAUUUGUUGACAAAGAUCAACUUGAACCUGGUUGUUCUGUUUUACUUAAUCAUAAAGUUCAUGCUGUUGUUGGUGUACUUGGUGAUGAUACAGAUCCAAUGGUAACUGUUAUGAAACUUGAAAAAGCACCUCAAGAAACUUAUGCUGAUAUUGGAGGUUUGGAUACUCAAAUUCAAGAAAUAAAAGAGUCUGUAGAAUUGCCAUUAACUCAUCCAGAGUACUAUGAAGAAAUGGGUAUUAAACCACCAAAAGGUGUUAUUCUUUAUGGUCCACCAGGUACAGGUAAAACAUUACUUGCAAAAGCAGUUGCUAAUCAAACAUCAGCAACAUUUCUUCGUGUUGUUGGCUCUGAAUUAAUUCAAAAAUAUCUUGGUGAUGGUCCAAAACUUGUACGUGAAUUAUUUCGAGUUGCUGAAGAGCAUGCACCAUCAAUUGUUUUUAUUGAUGAAAUUGAUGCUGUUGGAACAAAACGUUAUGACAGUAAUAGCGGUGGUGAACGUGAAAUACAACGUACAAUGUUGGAAUUAUUAAAUCAACUUGAUGGUUUUGAUUCACGUGGUGAUGUUAAAGUUGUUAUGGCUACAAAUAGAAUUGAAACACUUGAUCCAGCAUUAAUUCGUCCUGGUCGUAUUGAUCGUAAAAUUGAAUUUCCAUUGCCUGAUGAAAAAACUAAAAGACGUAUAUUUAAUAUUCAUACUAGUAAAAUGACACUUGCACCAGAUGUUAAUCUUGCUGAAUUAAUUAUGUCUAAAGAUGAUUUAUCUGGUGCUGAUAUUAAGGCUAUAUGUACUGAGGCUGGUCUUAUGGCAUUACGUGAACGUCGUAUGAAAGUUACAAAUGAUGAUUUUAAAAAAUCAAAAGAAAGUGUACUUUACAGAAAAAAAGAAGGUUCACCAGAAGGUCUUUAUUUGUAAAAUCAUCAUUUUUAAUUAUAUUGAAAAAAAAAAAAAAAAACAAAUACAUUUAUUAAAAAUUUACAAAGUAACUGGUUUUUUUUUUUACAUUUUUUUUUUUUUUUUUAAAUAACGUGUGUCUUUGUAAGUUCAAUAAAAUAAUUCAUAACUAUUAUUUAU